GAAGGGUCGAACGAGCGUGCGAGAGAGCCCCGGUCUCAAGAGAGUCGGGGAGGAACUCUGUCUGUCGUAAAGCGUCUAGUAGACGGACGCGUCUACCAAUUAAUAGUGGCAGACAGUGCGAAAGCUACGCGAACGUUUAGGCUGCACAAAGACUCCGAAAGUUGUACCCGUGACGAUCCUGCACUGGUUCCAGAAGACUGUUCCUGCGGAACCUGACAGCAUAUCGCGGUAUUGGCGUGAUGGCUCUCGCACUGGACGCGACGGUGCAUCAGGCGGUCGAGACCAGUGCCGGAGACCUGUGGGAUCUGAGUCAGUUCCUGUGGGCCAACCCGGAGACCUCGCUGAAGGAGGCCACGGCCCACGAGAGGCUCUGCGAUUUCCUUGAGCGCAGGGGCUUCAACGUCAGGCGUCGGUACCUUAUGGACACCGCCUUCAGAGCGGAGUUCGCGGCACCUGGAGGAUUGGACGGUCAGUACGUGCUUCGAGUGACGUUCUCAAGUGCGGCGUAGCUCUUUGCUUUCCGAGCGUGUGCUGGCAGAUUGGUUGCGAAAGCACCUGAAU